GCUUGGUCCGCGGCGCUCCUGUUCUUCAUGGGAGAAAUCGAGGCGACUAGUAUUCGCUUCUAUGGCGUAGCCCUGCGCCGAAGUAUGGCGAUCUAAAUGUUGUACUGUUGGAGACCGAGCUUUACCUCCGGCCCCGUUUUAGUCCAAAAAAGAAUCACCAGUGGUACGACUUCAUUGAUAAUGGCGGUCGUUUGCUUAGCCGGGACUUUGGUUACUUUGACCCCGAUAAUAGCGACGUCACCUUCAACAACAAGACGGCACUUUCGUUACUCGAACUCCACCUCACUGAACUGCCGAAUGCCCUUAACAAGGUCAGCAAUAGGCAGGUUGAAAGGAGCUGCUCCGAUGGGCGCGCCGCAGGCGUUUCCCUGCGCAAGUCCCCCGCCAGCUUCUCCCACUGUCUCAGUCUUCCUUUCUUGUCUCUGGCGUGUCGCCGUCGUGUCUGCCCUGCUAACCAGGUAAGUCUUCGUCUGCGGACCCGAUUGCCCCAGUUCCGCGCUAUGCCGGCUAUAUGGAUGUUAAGUGGCACGCCGUUUGAGACAUGGCCCAGCGACAUAGCCUUCUAUAUGUCUUUACUAGAAUAAUCCCGGCGGG